AAAACUUGCAAAUGUUGCAUCUACCGCAACCACUUCGUGGCCACCAUGAUGCCGAGUAAUUACGUCGACGGUGCCGGCUGGAUAUCCGAUGAUUCAAGCUUAUACGGUGCGGCCGUAGUAGGAAGCAGUGUAGCAAUUUUCGUGAUGACCACUGACUUCUAUAUCAAGGCGACAAUGGGCUGAAGACCAUUCUGGAGCACGAGACACGCUAUGGCCGAACCACUGUAGACAAGCAGGACGAUUUGCGGACGAGGAACGACUCGUCGCGGCACAAAAACGGCCAACCUGAAAUUGUGGAUCUUACAUUCGAAAGUGCGCAUCAAGACCAGCCCGGUUUGCUGAACGAUUCGCAGACGAGGAGCGACUUGUUGCCGCAGAAUUCUAGCCAACCUCAAGUUGUAGGCCUUACAAUCGGAAGUGCGCAUCACGGCCAGCCUAAUUUGAUGAACGAUGCACUGACAAGGAGCAAAUCGCCGCUGCGCUCAAACGGUCAACCUGAUGCCAUGAACCUUACACUCGAGAGCGGGCGUCAAGGUCAGACUAAUUGCAUGGAGGUGGACGAGACUGUAUCCGGCGCCACCACACGUCAAGCCAACGAAUCAGUAGACAAGUUUCUUCAAAGAGUUCCGGUGGCAGAUAAACGUUGCGCUCAGCUGGGACCCUGGCUAUGGAUUGAUGCGCCCAAGACGUCGCCCCCGCGAGAGCCAUCCGUGCGUGAAUUCGUGCAGGGGGGAGCUCGACUCUUGAAGGCAUAUGAUGACGACAGAGCGGAGGUAGAGCGUCGAUGCACUGGUCAGAAAUCUGCGGUCGUGACUCGUAAGUUGAAAUCUCAUCGUGAUCGGCUGAAGAUAGACCUCUUGAAUCUGGCAAUCGCCUCAAGCACCACCUGUGGAAAGUGGAUGCUAUUUCCAACUGUCAAUGAAGUAUCACACGACUGGCAAGUCAUUGCCAAAGCGACGGCAGAAGGCAAGCUGGGUCACACAUCCAAACUUGCCACGUGGGAUCCUUCGAGGAGCCAAGUACUGAUCUGUGUCUACACAUCUGAUUUCAAUGACCUAGCAGAUGUGAAGCGGGUUCUGAAAGUCCUUGCUAGCCUGAGCUUGCACUCUUUGACCAACAGGAACAUUUACUACAAGUGUGAUGCAUAUACGUACUUGUCGAUCGAAUCUGAGAAUCCGUAUAAGCUCAAGGCGAGCUUGUACUCUAGCAAGGACCUUCUCGGUCCAGCUGCCGAGAAACUCGUGACACCAGCAGUAGGACAACAACCACAAGAGCCUCCAGACUGGGACUUCUGAACAGUAUGGCGCCGAACUCGAGAUCACUAACAAUGCCGGCAAGACAAUACGUGUAGUCUUAGUUCCAGGACGAAAGAGGAUUAACCAAUCGCUUUAUGUUCAGAUUCAUCUUGUGCAGGCGGUCUAUCGAGCGUCGAAACUGUGUCGUUCUUUAAAUGUAUCAAGUCAGCUUCUCGUAAUGGAUUGAGCCAACGGCUACGGGACAGAGGCUUACAGGCAGAUUUCCAACAGGUCAAGACUCGCAACAGUCCUGAUCCAGCGGUUGAGAAACAUGGCGUGAACAAGGUCGAGGAGUACUCAAUUGGACCCAAAGCAGUGCUCAGAUAUCUGGCUUGAUGGGAAAUGGUAGUCUACGAUGUAGAUGUUGUACAAUCUCCACAAA